UGAUCACAGGGGAUUGACUGACCCUGUGACUCCACAGGGAAGCUCCACAGGACAGGAGGUAGGAAACAGAACUGUUUGAAAUAAUUUAGUCAGGAAAUGUUUGAAGUUCCCUUCCUGCAAGCCCCCAGACCUACUAGGUAUAAGUUUAAACUAUAAGUCUAAAGUGUAAGUUUAGCCAGAGACAACCCCUGUGCAACAUACCUGUCAACUUCUGAAAUCCCCUCUAUAUGAUAAGUAUCCGUAUACUCUCCAUGCAUCCUGAUUUGGCUGUUGGAAAAAAUGCCAGGUCGAUCCUUGUGGUUACAGGAGGAGAAAAUAUUUGCCCACAUGAAUGGCAGCACUGUGCCCCUAGGAGAGCAGAGAGCAAAUGCAAGUGCCAGGGACUUUCUUGCUUACAUACUUUGAGUUUCAGCCCUUCUUUUUACAAGAAAGGGUGCUCUUUCCUUUCGUUGAUAUCAGAAUCUCCCUCCAGCCAAUAAAGACAGGGUGGGGGUGGCUUCAUGCUGCAGUAGCAGCCAGAGCAGGUUCGAUUUCAUCCCAAUCCGGUAUAUUUAUUCCUGUGUAACCCCAGAGCUGUGCUCGUUUGUGCUGCUGUCAGACAUGGCCAGCGAUUCAGUCUUUGUCGUUGCUAUAGAUUUUGGCACAUCCUACAGCGGGUACUGUUUUUCCCUUGCUUCAGGUACAGACCAAAUCCGCCAGGUGUUCUGGGGAACAGAGCAUGGUCUCAAGACCCCGAAGACACCCACAUGCAUCUUGUUUGACCAGAAGCAGGAGUUCAGGAAAUUUGGCUAUGAUGCUGUGAUGAAGUACAAGAGCCUGCCCUCCAGCGAAGCUGACAAGUGGUACUUCUUCCAGAACUUCAAGAUGAUACUGUACAACAUGAAGGUCACUCCUGACAUGGAGAUAGAAGCAACCAAUGGAAAGACACUUCCUGCACUUAUGGUCUUUGCUGAAAGCCUACGCUACAUGAAGCAACAUGCCCUGAACACUGUCCAAGAGGCCUCUUUCCACACUGUUUGUGACCCCCAGGAGAUCACCUGGGUCAUUACUGUCCCGGCCAUAUGGAGUGCAGCUGCCAGGCAGUUCAUGCGGCUGGCAGCAAUAGAGGCAGGACUCAUCUCUGACAUGAUUUCUGAGAAGCUGAUUAUUGCCCUGGAGCCAGAGGCUGCAUCACUCUGGUGCAAACAGCUUCCACAACAAGGGUUUAUCGUAGAGGCCAGUGACAAGAAAAAGUUUGAAGACUCCCCUGGGAUCCAGUAUAUUGUUGUUGACUGUGGAGGUGGCACAAUAGACAUCACAGUACAUGAGAUCCAAGAAAACCAUUAUCUGAAGGAGUUACACAAGGUAUCUGGAGGUGGAUGGGGAGGCAACAGAGUGGAUGAAAACUUCAGUGCAUUCCUCAGAGAAAUAUUUGACAAUGGUGUAUGGGAUAAAUAUGUAAAGAACCACCCUACCGAAUUACAACAUAUGAUGUACAACUUCAGUCUACAGAAAUGCUCUGCCAGCAGGGAGGCAGUCUACAUACGUUGCUACUACAACUUGACAAGAGUGGCAGAAAGCAGGAAGGAGAUCUCUCAGUUCUUCAAAAAAGUCACAGGAGCUGUAUGGUGUGAUGGGAUGAUCAUGAUUACAUAUGAGAAAAUGAAGAGCUUUUUUGAAUACAGUAUCAAAAAUAUUGUUGGUACUUUGAGGGAAAUCCUUGGCAAGCCUGAGAUGGCCAAGGUACAGUAUAUUUUACUUGUGGGAGGUUUUUCGACUAGCAUCAUCUUGAGGGAUGCAAUCCAUCAGGCUUUUAGCAAGAAGUAUCAUAUCCUUUGUCCCAUGGAGGCCCAAGCUGCUGUUGCAAAAGGGGCUGUUUUAUUUGGAGUCAAUCCAAAAAUCAUUGCCUCAAGAAUCAGUGCUCGGACAUAUGGCGUAGAAGUAUGCACAAGAUUUGAUGCUGCUAUCCACGACUUUUGUAAACGAUUUGUCUCAAAAGCUGAUGGGCUUGUUUAUUGCAAAGGUAUCUUCAAGAAAUUGGUGGGAAUUGAGGAGUCAGUGAAUAUAAAUGAAGUUGCUGAAUAUAUUUUCAGUCCAGUAGAACCAGAUCAGACAAGUGUAUGCUUUGCUUUCUACUCCACAGAAAAGCAGUGUCCUCAGUAUGUAGAUGAGGAAGGGAUGGAACUGCUUGGCUCAUGCACAGUACCAAUGCCAGACACAAGUCUGGGGAAGAAACGCAAACUGAGGCUGGAUGUUAAAUUUGGGCUUACUGAAUUUAAAGCCACAGCUACAGACAUUACUUCCAAACAAAGUCGGACAAUUGUGAUAGAUUUUUUAACUGUGUAAAUGCUUGGUUCUUAGAGCAGCAGGGACAACAAAUUCAAGGGACAGCCUAAGCGGUAGGUACCAACUACUACAAUGGAAAAGGCAAAUGGACCAUAAAGGUUAUUAGCCAUUCUUAAUUUGAAAUCAGGUCUCUUUAUCUGGA